AUGUCCGAUCGCCUCAAGUCGACUGGCGAAUACUUCAGGAAAAUCUUCGUCGCCAAGGAACAGUACAAUUUGAUUGCAGGACUGAUUCUUCUGGGCGAACUUCUCUUGAACGCUGCAAUUAUCAAUUAUGUGAGAUAUACUGAAAUCGAUUGGAUCGCGUACAUGCAACAAAUUCGGGGCUAUUCGCAUGGAGAACGAAAUUAUCUGAAAUUGAAAGGCGAUACUGGUCCACUUGUCUAUCCAGGUGGCUUUGUCCACGUUUAUUCAGCUUUGUAUUCUCUCACUCAACAGGGACAAGAGGUGCGGUUGGCGCAAUAUCUAUUCGGUGCAAUUUAUUUGAUCACGAUGGCGUUUGUGCUAGCCAUAUAUAAACGCUGCGAAUCACUCCCAACAUAUGCCAUUUUCAGCUUGGUAUUAUCCAAACGCUUGCAUUCAAUCUAUGUCUUGAGAUUAUUUAACGAUGGCGUUGCAAUGAUGGGUUUAUACAUCAGCAUCUGGUGUUUGGUCACUAGGAGAUGGAAUUGGUCUGCUUUGUGGUUUAGCUUGGCGCUCUCGAUCAAGAUGAACAUACUUCUGUUUUUUCCAGCUUUCGGAUUUGUAUACUUUCAAACCGUCGGCCUGCUGAAAACCAUCAACCUAAUGCUAAUUAUCAUACUUGUCCAAGCAUGGUUAGCCAUCCCGUUCCUGAUCGAAUUUCCGCGUGAAUAUCUUAGCAAGGCAUUCGAGUUCAAGCGGGUUUUUGAAUACCAAUGGACAGUCAAUUGGCGAAUGAUACCCCAAAGCGAUUUCUUAUCGCCUGGCUUUGCUAGUUUUCUCACGGCCGUUCAUCUCUCGACCCUUGUCUGUUUUGCCUGGACGAAAUGGAGUCGCGCGUUUGGAGAGGACGGUUUAAUCUCACUCUUAGUCAGGGGAUUGCAAAAUUGGGGCCGACCCGCAGCCAAGCGACCCAAUGUGCUGACAGCCGAUUAUAUCGUCAACGUCUGUUUCACAUCUAAUUUGAUUGGAAUAAUCUGCGCCCGGACGUUACAUUACCAAUUCUACAGUUGGUAUGCUCAUCAAAUCGUCUUCCUGGCGUGGCAAACACCUUAUCCCAUCUUUCUGCGGAUCUUAUUGAUGAUGUCAAUUGAGUAUAGCUGGAAUGUUUUUCCUUCAACAGCCAUCUCGUCGACCAUUCUCUUAGUCUCGAAUUUGUUGCUCUUGUUCGGGACUUGGUGGACAUUUGAGGAAGCUUAUUCAUUUGUCACAAUCGCGUUCAAGAAGAAACCCAAGGUGACUUGA